AUGGCGGAGAGAUCAUAUUCAGAGGAAGUGAAGCUUUUGGGAAUGUGGGCGAGUCCUUUUAGUCGUAGGAUUGAGAUUGCUCCUACACUUAAAGGUGUUUCUUACGAAUUCUCAGAGGAAGAUAUCACUAACAAGAGCUCUUUGUUGCUUCAGUUGAAUCCGGUUUAUAAGAUGAUUCCGGUUCUUGUUCAUAAUGGUAAACCGAUUUCUGAACCACUUGUGAUUCUUGAGUAUAUUGAUGAGACUUGGAGAGACAAUCCGAUUCUUCCUCAAGAUCCUUAUGAGAGAGCUAUGGCUCGAUUCUGGGCUAAAUUUGUUGAUGAACAUGUAUGAUUUUCAAUUUCAGUAAACCGGUUUUAGAUUUUUAAACCGGGUUUUGAUUCUUAAACCGGUUAUUGGGGAGUUUCAGAUUUAUGUGACGGCUAUGAAAGUGGUGGGGAAGAUCAGAGAAGAGAGAGAUGCGGUGGUUGAAGCGACGAGAGAUUUGUUGAUGUUUUUAGAGAAAGAAAUCGUUGGGAAAGAUUUUUUUGGAGGGAGAAGUUUGGGGUUUGUGGAUAUUGUGGCGACGUUGGUGGCGUUUUGGUUGAUGAGGACGGAGGAGAUCGUCGGAGUUAAGGUUGUUCCGGUGGAGAAGUUUCAGGAGAUACAUAGAUGGAGGUUUGAGCUUUUUGAAGUUUCGAUUAAGACCAAAACGACAUCGUUUUGGGCAGUAACGGAGGUUUUAACGGGUGUUAACGGGUGUUAGCGGAUCUGUUAACGGUGUGUUGUUUUGGCUUGGUCAACGAUUUUGUCAUGUGCUAAACGGAAGUCAACGAUUUUAUCAUGUACAAAAUGGCCAUAUGUGAAGUUGGUGUGCCAAAUGGCCACAAUUUAAAAGUUAGGCUAUUAAAUGACAUUUUUCCCUAUUCUAAUCCGGUAUUUCACAAUAUGUAUCAAGUUUAUAUGUUAGAUUGCAAGUUUAAAUGAACGAUUGCUGAAAAAAGCAGCAAUGAAUGCUAAGAAAAUGCU